AUGCGUUGCUGGGUUGCGUUAGCGCUAUGGAGCCUCGAGGUCGCAGCCAGCAGCGUUAAGCCUUCCGCUCUCGAUGCGCAGCGAGGCACGUGUCUGGAUGCGGACUGGGUCCAACGCACAGCGACAGCGCACAAUCUUGAUCCAAUCGGUCGCGACAGCCAAAACCGCCGAGUGAACCCGCUGCUGCAGCCAGCGCUCAAAGCGCCGCGCUUCUUUGUCAAGGACCCGCGCAUGGACAUUCCAAACAUCUUUGGAAAGUGCAUGCAGCCAGGUGAAGUCAUCCAUGGCGUUGGCGAGACCGUGUACGCAAACGGGUCACAAGCAUACGCUGGCGUCGUCAACGGCACGGUCAUUCUCGAGCGCAACGCAUGGGCAUCCCAUGACGUGAACCGCGCCGUCCUGAGCAUCCUCCUCGACGAAGUGGUCGGAUACAGCGUCUCGAUCCUGGACACAGCAGAUGGGAUCAACUGCGCCGAGCGCAUGUCGUUUCAAGGCCUCGGACGCUGCACACCAACGCACGUGAACGGUGAAGUCUGGCCCAACGGCAAGCUCAAAACGAUCGAGGUGUUUGCCAACUCGACCAAGCGUACUACAACGGGCUAUGGUGGCCAAAGCGGGCUCUAUACACUGACGGAUAACGUUCGUGAAAUGAGCAAAGGAUCCGCAUCGACAAAGGGGUCGUUUUCGGAGCCCUAUGCGGCAGAUUAUUGGCGCGACUACGCCAGCGUUACCGAGGUCAUCAACUUUUACUCGAUGGCGCAUGCCAACCUAAGUCAACUCGUUAUUCCAAGCAUGUGCCCUAAUGGCACGCUUGGCUGCAUUGACGGAUGCUCCAAGUCGUACGCGUGCACCCAAGCCGAAACGCAAGGCAAGCAGUGCAUGCUCGUGGCCAUGAUGGACCCUGCGUACGAUGUUGGAUUCAUCCAAGCGCUGGUGUCCAACAACAAUAUUCCUGCCUACUUUUGCUUUGGCGGCGAUGCCAAGAUGCGCAACUACGUCACAUCGGUGAUGCACGCUGGUGGCGCUGUCGUUUUUUACGAGUUCCAGCCCGAUACACUCUUUUAUGAGCACCCCGGCAAGUUCACUCGGAUCGCGUUCCCAACUUCAAACGCCAGUAACUUUGCGGCUUCGACCAACUCGUUUGGAGAGAACGGGUACGGCCAACCAACGACGAACCCGAUCAAGACAGACUACCCCAUGACGCCGCUUCUGCAGUACAUUUCGCUGGUGCUCAAGGCCGACACGCGCCUCACUUCGUUUGUCACGCAGCUCCAACUCGCACAACUCGACCUCGCCCAUCUUCUUGAAAGCUAUGUCGACCAUUCGCAGGACCCAACGGUCCCAGACCCAGCCUUUGCCGCGGCUUGCCAUUGGGUCCAAGACAACUACAUCACGUGGAGCAACUGGAUCAUGCCGCUGCCUCUCUGCACGCUUGAGAAAAGCGUCUCGUACAUCUUUAUCUUUCCCGCGCUUUGCAUGUUUUGGAAAGCUGUCAUCACGUUCAUUGGCCUCUACGUCUCAUUUCUUAUCCGACACGACGACGGCGACUUUCAGGAGUCUAUGUGGAUCUUCUCGGCGGCGUGUGUCGUGCUCAUGGGGUCGCUUUUUCUGAUUCCGCUUUCGUAUCUGGUGAAAUUGCCGGCGACGACGAGCUUUGCGUUUUGCUCGGUGAUUACGCUCGUGUGCACGCUCGUCGUGAUGGGGCUCAUGCUCGGCCCCAAGUUUGCGCGCCUCAACCUCGCCGACUUGAACCGAGAAACACCACCGAUGCGAAGCUCCCUGCUCGUUGCGCUUCUAGGCCUCAAGAUGUCGUCCGCAGAGACACCGACCCCGUCGCUUCUCGAGUCGCAGCGGGGCUCGUGUUUGGAUGCGGCGUGGGUGCAGCGCACGGCCGCGACGUACAAGCUCGAUCCGCACGUGCGGGACGCCCAGAACCGACGCGUGAACCCUUUCUUGCAGCCGGGUAUGAAAGUGCCCCGCUUCACGGUCCAGGACCCUCGCAUGAAUCGCCCCAACCUCUUUGGCUCCUGCAUGGCUUCCAACGAAAUCAUGCACGGUUUGGGCGAGACUGUCUAUGCGAAUGGGUCGCAGGCCUUUCCUGGUGUCUUCAACGGCACAUUGAUCCUCGAGCGCAACGGGUGGCAGUCGCACGAUCUCUCGCGCGUCGUCCUUAGCAUCUUGCUCACAGAAGUGCUCGGGUAUGGCGUCACUACGUUUGAGACUGGCGGUGGCCUGAACUGCGCGCAACGCAUGUCGUUUCAAGGCCUCAGCCACUGCACACCAACGCACAUCAACUCCGAAGUGUGGACCAGUGGGAAGCUCAAGACGCUCAAUGUGUACGCCAACGCGACAAUGCCGACGACCACUGGCUACAACGGCAUGGGGGGACUGUACACACUCACGGACAACGUCGUCGAAGCGCUGAAAGGAAGUGCUUCGACCAAAGGCACCUUUUCCAAGCCGUUCGCACUUGACUUUUGGCGUGACUACUACUGGAGCGACCAAGUGAUCCAGUAUUUUGGGUACAACCAAAUCAAAAUGGCGCCGCUGGUGCAGCAAAGCUCGUGUCCGGACAACUCGUUUGGGUGCCGCAACGGCUGCUCCAAGUCCUACGCGUGCACGCUCAACGAGCAGAACGGCAAAAGCUGCAUGAUGGUGGCGAUGAUGGACGAAGGGUACGAUCCCGGCUUUGUCCAGGCCAUGAUGAGCAACAACAACAUCCCGGCCUACUUUUGCUUCCUCGGAUACGACGGCAUGCUUGCCUAUGUCGUGAACACCAUGAAAGCAGGCGGCGCCGUCGCAUUCUACGACUUUGAGCCCGACAUCCUCUUCUACGAGCACCCAGGCGCCUUCACGCACGUGACGUUUCCGCAGUCGGACCCGGCCAACAUCGCGGCGGCCACUGGUAGCUUUGGCGAGAACGGCUACGGCCAGCCCACGACGAAUCCCCUCGCAACCGACUAUCCGCUCACCCCGCUUGUGCGCUACAUAUCCAAGAUCAUCACGGGCGACGCCUUCCUCAUGGACUUUCUCAUGAAUAUGCAGAUCGCUCCCCUUGAUAUGGACCAGCUUUUCUCGGACUACGUUGCGUUCAAGAAGGACGCAUCCGUACCGGACCCCGUGUUUACGUCCGCCUGCAAGUGGGUCCAAAACAACUACGUCACGUGGAGCGACUGGGUCGAUCCGCUGCCUCUCUGCACACUCCAAAGCAGCGUCUCGUACACGUACCAAGGCUGCAACGCGUCAACGCGACUGCUGGUCGUGAUGGGGCUCAUGCUCGGCCCCAAGUUUACUCGCCUCAAUCGAGCCGACUAUACGUCGUCCGGCACCGCUGCCACCAAAGGCGUGUCCACGUCAAGUGCUGGACCAGUCAAGCCUAUUCAAGUAGCAGCAGCGCCGCCACAGGUCCAGUAAACCGCAGUUAACUUGCACAUGAAUGACGAUGCACCGUUUUCUUACAGCGCGUGCUACCGGGAUCAAGACCAUAGCAAGCAGCAAUAAAUGGUGGAACGUUCCCACUUUUCGAGACCACUGUCCUGUACGCGUUGUCGCCUAUGGUGCCUCGGUACGAGUACGUACAUCUUGUGUGCCGCAAAGGGCAUCGACUUCUCGCGCAGUGAUGAUCCAGAUAGUAAAUAUAU